AUGGCUCCUAUCCCUCAACAUCAAUUCAAUGAAUGGGUCUUCAUCACCACCACUCCCACGCGUCCGCGUCCGACCAAGGGGCAGCGAUCUCAGAUGCGACGGCGAGUCAUGCGCGAGAUUGGUUACACCCGCCGGAAUGUUCAGACAGCAUUGUUCCAAAGUCCUUCGAUAUCUUCAUGCACAUCGAGCGACACAACAGCAUCUGAUUCAGGCUCCACCCCUUCUCCCGUUGAUCUUCAAUAUGGGAGCUCUCAAAGUCCAGAGUAUCCCACCUCGUCGACCCAUAUCCCAUCGUUCCUGGCCAGUCCUAUUGUGCUGGAUAGGGAAUCGCAGCGCCUCCUUCACCACAUGUUCUCAGAUGCCAUCCCGAGCCAGUUUCAGAUAUACAAAGACCGCUGGUAUCCAAUAUGUAUCGCAAAUUCCGCCGCCUUUGACCAGAUGUUGGCUACAUAUGCUACCCAUAUAUCACAAUACCACAUGCAACACGACCUGAAGCAUUUCAUACUCUCAAAUCAUACCAAAGCGCUUGCGCGGGUUCGGAAUGAUAUCAGUGCCAUGCCGCUGGGCCGGAAGCGGAUCUUGGAGGGUACAUUGAGCGCGAUUACUGCCUUGGCAUGCUAUUCUCAUCUGCAAAGAGAUAUGGUUUCAUGGAGAUCGCAUAUGGCGGCUGUAGCAAGACUUAUUCACGAGUCGGGUUUAUCGCUGGGGGCAUUGGAUGAGAAGUUGGUGACCGUGGUUAAAUGGGUUGAUCUGAUUGGUUCCUACGCGCUUGAUAUCGCCCCUGCUCUCGGAAACGUUAAUGGAGAAGUGGAUUAUAUACACUGCCCCUCCAAGACUAUGUCACAGUGCUUAAACUCUUUGGAUCUUCCGGCGCCCUUGCUCUCAGCUUUUCAAACAUUACAAUGGACCAACACACAGAUAAUCCCGCAAGUCUCUAUCUGGUCAAAUCCAGUAGAGGUUGAUAGGUUAAUUCACCCACUUACUCACCGCUUCUUGUCACUGCGCAAUGAUGCAUACAUCUUUGGUCCUGUAUGCUCCGGCCUUCGAUCCGGAGCGUUGCUAUAUCUCGCUGAGUUUCGACGAAUGUCUGGCAUCAGCCCGGUAGUGACAGAAAUGCAUGUGCGGCAGUUGCGGCUUUCGAUGGAGGCUCUCAGUCCAACAUCAGUUCCCUCAGAAUUGACGUUAUGGCUCCUCACUGUGGGUGCCCUGGAGGCUACCGCAACCUCGGACCGGGAAUUCUUCCACAGUCGCCUUCUUCUACUGUCUCAGGCACUCGAAAUACGUUCGGUCCUCUGCUGGACGCAAAGAUUGGAAAGACUUGUCUGGUCUGACGCCGUGUUUGAUCAUAAACUAGACAUCACAUGGGGCCUGUUGCAGGGCUAA